GACCCAAGGCCUAUCUGCCUUCUACAGACAUUUGAUAAAAUCAGGAACUUCGCAUACAACUCGGGAAGAAGUUCACCUCAGACCCUUUUAGGGCAAACUAUGAAAACUUGUUAGGGUCCUCCUGUCCUGAGAUCCACCACUGCUGAGGGACUUCACGGAGUCCAAGGAUCUCGCUUUUUAAUUUUUUUUUCUUUUCUUUUUUCUUUAUUUUUCUUUUUUCCCCCCUAUUUUUAAAAUAUGAUUUUUUGCAAGUCAGUUAUUCUGGAUGUUUGAAAACUGAAUUAAGAAAAAUUCGCUCAGAAGUUGGCUGAAUGUUGCAAGCUUGCAAGAUGGAAGGAUUUCCCCUUAUUCCCCCUCCCUCUGAAGAUAUGGUACCCUAUGAGUCAGACCUCUACCGACAGCCCCAUGACUAUUACCAGUAUCUCAACAGUGAUGGAGAGAGUCAUGGUGAUCAUUAUUGGGAAUACCAUCCACACCACAUGCACAGUGAAUUCGAGACCUUUGGAGACAACCAUUUCACAGAGCUGCAGAGUGUGCAGCCUCCCCAGCUGCAGCAGCUCUACAGGCACAUGGAGAUCGAGCAAAUGCACGUCUUGGAUUCUGCAAUCCCAACCACACACAUUGGACUCAACCAUCAGGUGUCCUAUUUGCCCCGGAUGUACUUCUCUCCACCUCAGCCCAGCUCUGACGAGGAGGACAUAGAGAGGCAGAGCCCCCCCUUGGAGGUUUCAGAUGGGGAGAAUGAUGGUGUUGACCCUGGGCCUGGAAUUAUGCAUGGAGAAACAGGCAGCAAGAAAAAGAUACGUCUGUAUCAGUUCCUUCUGGACCUUCUCCGCAGUGGGGACAUGAAGGACAGCAUUUGGUGGGUGGACAAGGAGAAAGGUACAUUCCAGUUCUCCUCCAAACACAAAGAAGCACUGGCCCAUCGCUGGGGCAUCCAGAAAGGCAACCGCAAGAAAAUGACCUACCAGAAGAUGGCACGGGCUUUGAGAAACUAUGGCAAGACAGGGGAGGUCAAGAAAGUUAAGAAGAAGCUGACCUACCAGUUUAGUGGAGAGGUGAUGGGAAGGGGGGCCACUGAUAGGAAGCAUUAUCCUCACUGAGGCCAUGGGACCCUAAGCAAGAAAAGUAUUGAGAGCUCCUGGCUGGAUACCAGCAGAGGAGAUGGACGCAUCUUUCUCUUUGCUUCCUGUGCCCCCUUCUCUGCCUUUAAACAGCCUUUAUCAUCAGAUGUUUCUGGUACGAAUUCCCUUCUUCAGCAUCUGAGAAACCUAAUCAUGACAGAAUUCUUUGCUUCCAUCCUCCAAGUUGGACAGAGUUGGGAAAUUUAAACAAUGUACAAAUAUAUUGUUGUCAGGAAAGUUUUUUUUCUUUUUUUUUCCUUUUUUUUUUUUUUGAUUGUAUUGUAACUAAAUACAGCCAAUGAAGUUUUGCCUCCAGGGGUGGUGCUGUGUCACUCACAGUGACACCACGUUAGCUUCCAGCUUUUAAACUAGCAUUAAUACAGGCUCUGCCGCAGCUCUCGGAGCUAGAGAGAAGUCUGCAGAUCUUGGGAAUGAGACUCAUUCUUUUAAAUAGUAAUAACAUGUACAUAUUUAAUAAAAUUAGAUAUAAUGAAGUUUUGAUGUUUGCAUAAUAAAUGAUUAGUUCACAACCAAAUGUGCCACAUUCAGUUAUGCAGAUACAGCUCCUCUGUGGUGUCUGAGCAAAAGGUACACUGGGUAGUAGGGCCUUAUCCAAGUGUAGCUACUUUUUAAUUUACCUGGAAACAUCAUCAGUGGUGUCAAACUCAGUAACAAAUGUUACAAGGUGAAAUACAUUACUGUGAAAGAGACUACAGUACUGAAGGAUAUUUCAAAAUACAUAUAUGUAUAUAUUUCUCACUGUUUUUUCCUGUGCAAAAUCCCUGCCAGUUCAAUGUUUUCUGGUCACGUAUACAGAAUUGCAUUUAUAUCCCCAUCCCAUUUAGAAUGUAUCAAUUAACCAUGCUCUUCUGUGGUUUUACUUAUUUUCCUGCUCCUAUUCUUUUGUCUUCCUUCCCCCCACAGUGAUACCUUGAUUCUCGCUCAUGAAUCUUUCUUGGAAAUAAGUUGUGUUUAAUCAUGUGUUUGAGGAAUUCCAGUACAAAAACGUUUCAAGAUUUUAACCGUGGAUUUUAAGCCCUACUGUAAAACAAUUAAUAGUAACUAAUAACAACUGCACUGUAAAAAUAACACUCAAAAUGCAAAAUAAAUGAUAAUUCAAUACCUGAAACAUCAUGGUAAAUUUACCCAGUACAUCCAAGCACAGAAAUUAAAUGUAAAUUCAAGCAACAGUAAGAAAAUUGGCAUUUUAAGUUUUAAUGUUAUUUAACAUAUCUCAACUGUUUCAAUCACUCAAAAAUCAGGACUUUCCCAAAAUAGACGAGGUGAAAUGAGGCAGAUCGAGAAUGACGAGAAGGGGGUUUUUUUAGCAAUACUGAAAUGCAGUACAACAUGCCAAAUAUCACUAAAUAACCUGAAUUUUUUCAGAGCUUGCUCCUCACUGAAAUCAGAAAUAGUUAAAAGUGAUGAGCUUCUUACAGACCUGAGUUUUCAAAAUUAAAUCUAAACACAGUCAGUGUUAUCUGCACUAACAAUCUCACUGUAGAAGUGAAAAUCUGCUGGCAUCAUGGCCUACAGUAUCUCUUUGGAGUCAAACAAGAAAGAAGCUCAUGGUUAAAAAACAUCCCAAAGUACUACUUCCCAAUUCUUAUUCCUGGUUCAUAACUUGAUAAAUAUAUCAGUCAGUGCAAAAAAUUAGCAGAGAGUUAUCUUUCAUGCUUCUAAAAAUCUUGUAAUCCAAAUUUUAGUGACUAUGCCUUGAGGAUCAUGUUAAUUUGAGCAUCAUUUUUCAUUCACUUAGGGUUAGGAUGAGUCAUAUUAAGAAGACAUUUUGUUUCUAAAAUUGUACUGGAAGGAUUUACUUCCUAUAGCAAAUACUGUAAUACUCACUAAAUUUGACUUGGAUAUCUCCAUCUGCAUCCAUAUUAAAGUUUCAGGAUGGGAGAUGUUGAAGGCAGUUCUGAGAAGACUAGAACACCCAACACUGACACAAUUAAGGUUCCUUCUUGCUGAGCUGGAAACUCAGGACUUCUCUACUUGGUACUGAUGAUGUUUGGCACUGCUGACCUGGAAUUAAAAAGAUAUCAAAGACAUUUGCAUUCAUCAGACUUGUAGACUUGAUAUUCAAGAAAAUUAGAGUAAUAAUUCACUCUUCAUAAAAAUAUCUUUAUCACAAACACAGCUUCAAAAGCAGAACUGAUCCUUCUCUGACACUGUAAUUUGGUGGAGAAGGAUCAUUUCCUCUUGCAGGAAAACUGUGAUAACUGAAAAGAGCCAACUGGUGAGUUAAUUGUGGAGAUACUUAGGAUAUCACAAAAGCCAUUUCAAGCUUACCAAAAAGCUUUCUAAGAUCUAUGAGACCUAUUUUUCCAUUUCCCUAGCAAGUCUUGUAUAAAAUCCUAUUAGAUACUGGAGAAAUAAUACAAAACUAAAAUAAGCAUUCAAAUAAACAACAAGAACCUUUAAAUGAGCUUUUUGAGUGUGUGCAUUACUAUAAAAUGCUAAUUUAGAGCAACUACUUAUACUUGAAUUAAAGAUUUUGCAUUUUACACUGGUUUUGACCACAAGAAACAUGGAAAUUGAAGAUUCUGAAAAAAUUAUCUUGGGGGAGAUAGUAUUAUUAUUAAAAAUAUUUUAAAAGUAAUAUUGAAUAUAAUUUAAAAAGAAGGCUUAAAAUUUUAUCUCCAAAGCUGAAAACUUUUUCUCUUCCUCUUGUUAAUGCUUUGAAAUACUGGUUCUAAAAAUAUUCACUCCCCAUCUGUUUCUGGUUAGGUUUUUCAUCUGUGGCAUAAAGAGUGAAUAAUCAUGUAUUGCAGCUGUGAAGGAGACCAAAUGAUGAUGCUUCUCUGCCAGAGUACUGUUUGUCUGCCAUACAAUCCAACUGCUCAGGACACUGGGCAGUCUAGGCAAGCUGAAUUCUUGCCAUUCAGCUGCACAUGCAAGCAGAAGCUCUUUGGCUG